AUGCCUGGAAAGUCUAGCCCUGGAGUUAUCCAGUACUAUUUCGGACGGACUGUGACCGUAGGUCGCUUCGUAUGCGACAGCAUUCUCAACGCACCGCCACAAAUCCUACCAUCCGCCGUCAGCACAGUCAGGGCAAGACACAAUAUAGGAAAUCGGCAGAUGGAUACCAUCCUUUCUCAGGAUAAAUGCACUUCCCUGGGACCAAGAUAUGCCCAUCAGGAUGUUGAAAACAACCUGCCUUUCCUUUCCGAUUAUGAUCAUGUUAGAGUUGAUGAAACCUGUAUCCACUGUGAUAAAAGUAUGCAGGUCCUACAUCCUUUUAGAGAAUCUAUCAAGCCCAUCAUACACUAUGGUACGAUCGCUUCGGGGUACCAAAUCAUGAGGCAUGGCCAGACGAGGGAGAGCUGUCGAGAAGCACUGGAUAUCCUAUGUUUCGAAAUGGAAGCUGCUGGGCUGAUGCAUGGCUUUCCCUGCCUCGUCAUCCGAGGUAUCUGUGACUAUGCGGACUCUCACAAGGAUAAAUCCUGGCAAGAAUACGCCGCGAUUUCGACGGCAGCAUCUGCGAAGGAGUUGCUUGGCAUUGUGGUUGCCCAUGGUCUUGGGGAUACACAGGUCUCAGGUAUAUUCUGGAGCUCAGAGUCGUGCUUACAAGCAAGGGACCUGUUCGAAAGCUAUGUCAAGCAGAUGAUUUCUUAUCUUGAGAUCACGAAAAGCCAAUGUGCUCCACAAAUCAAACGUCGAAUCAAGCAGUACUAUGGUCCGAAGGCGCAACGACCUGUUGUUGACGAUAUAUUGGAUGAUAUUUUCUUCCCUCUGAGUGAAUCAUUCUCAUCAGCUACAUAUGUCGUGGAUGACCUCGAUGAAUGUGAACCUGUUGAAAUUCACAAAGUUUCUAGAGCCUUUCGAAAAGUUAGCCAAGCAGGCAUACACAGGGUCUUCAUCUCCGGCCGCGAAAUCCUCAGUGUCAGCAACUCAGUCAAGGAUUCUGUUGAGCUCCCAAUAUCAAGCUCAGACAGCUUAAGUGAUAUCCGGAGGUUCAUUGAUUGGAGGAUAGAUGAGAAGAUGGCGGAGAGGCCACUCACAGAAAAGACCGAGAUCCUGGAAGAAGUCAAGCGUUGUCUGAAUGAGAAGGCAGAUCGCAUGUGA